AUGAACACUUCAGUCACGUCGAUAAAGUUGGUAUUGCUGGGAGAAGCUGCAGUGGGUAAGAGCUCGAUCGUGUUGAGGUUUGUUUCCAAUGACUUCGCCGAAAACAAAGAACCUACGAUCGGGGCAGCGUUUCUUACACAACGGGUCAACAUGGGAGAUCACACCAUAAAAUUCGAAAUCUGGGACACCGCAGGGCAGGAAAGAUUUGCGUCGCUAGCUCCAAUGUACUACAGAAAUGCACAAGCCGCGCUAGUGGUGUAUGAUGUGACAAAGCCGCAGUCGUUCAUAAAGGCCCGCCAUUGGGUAAAAGAGCUGCACGAACAGGCAUCUAGGGACAUCAUUAUCGCCCUAGUGGGAAACAAACUAGAUAUAAUCGAAAACGGUGGAGAGAGAAAAGUUGCUCGGGAAGAGGCGGAGAAUUUGGCGCAGCAGGAGGGCUUGCUGUUUUUUGAAACGAGUGCUAAAUCAGGCAGCAAUGUUAACGAAGUAUUUCUGGGUAUAGGCCAAAAAAUCUCACUAAAACCAGCUCAGAACGCCCAAGAUGGGGGCCAAGGUUCUUCAGGCCUGCGUAUAAAUGACGACUCUCGGAUCGAUCUCAGGGCACCUUAUGGCCAGUCCAGUGCGGCCGGUUCUUGCAAUUGUUAA